GUUCAACUUUCCCCAUCAAGCUCCUCGGUAACCACUACCAGUGUGUGUGUAUAUAUAUACAUAUAAGCUUCUCAUCAUAUAAAGAUACAAUCUUUCGCAUAAUUAGCACAGCCCCACAAAAAUAUUUUCAACUUUCUUCAAAUCGCUGGAGUAAAAAUGGAGUCUUGGGAAACCUUCGCUGCAGCCGCGAUUUCACUGUGUGUAGUGUAUUUUUGCAGUGCGUGGAUGAUGAAGAUGAAGAUGAAGAUUAAGAAGAGAGAUGCAGAAGAAGAAGAAGAAGAAGAGAGGUUCGUGAUUCCCAGAGGCAGCUGUGGUUGGCCUUUCAUCGGCGAAACUCUCGAGUUUAUCGCUUCUGCUUACACCUCCACUCCUGUCAGCUUCAUGGAAAAUCGCAAAUCUCUGUACGGGGAUGUGUUUAGAACGCACAUUCUAGGGAAGGCCAUCGUCGUGUCAACUGAUCCGGAUGUAAGCAGAGUGAUCUUGCAAAACCAUGGGAAUGCCUUCAUGCCUUGCUAUCCGAAAUCCAUCACUGAACUUCUCGGGAAAUCCUCCAUUCUCCAAAUCAACGGUGCGUUGCACAAGAGGCUGCACACCCUUAUCGGAGUUUUCCUGAAAUCGGCCCAACUCAAGGAUAGGAUCACUAGAGACAUCGAGAGGGUCGUUGUCCUUACCCUCUCUUCUUGGAUGGGAAAAACUUGCCAACUUUACGUCCAAGAUGAAACGAAAAAGAUUACAUUUGAAAUUCUUGUGAGAGUGCUAAUGAGCAUUGGUCCAGGUGAUGAGAUGGAGUGUAUAAAGAGCGAAUUCGAAGAAUUCAUCAAAGGCCUAAUUUGCAUACCCGUUAAUCUCCCGGGAACGAGACUCUAUAAGUCUUUGAAGGCGAAGAAGAGACUGUUGAAAGUGGUUGACAAAAUUGUGGCUGCGCGGAAAAAGGCUAUGGCGGAUAAUGGGGAGAAAGUGCCGCCAAAUGAUGCAAUUGACGUGCUACUACGCGAUAGUGGGGACUCGGAUGGGAUCCCUCUUGAUUUCAUCAGUGGGAAUAUUAUAGAAAUGAUGAUUCCCGGAGAAGAGACAGUGCCAACGGCUAUGACACUAGCAGUUAAAUUCCUCGUUGACAACCCUGUCGCCUUAACUCAUAUGGUGGAGGAAAACAUGGAACUCAAAAAGAGAAAAAAGGAUUCAUGUGAAGACUACUCUUGGACUGAUUAUAUGUCAUUGCUAUUCACUCAAAAUGUUAUCAAUGAAACACUUAGGCUGUCAAAUAUCAUCAAUGCAGUGUGGAGAAAAGCUCUCAAGGAAGUCAAAGUAAAAGGUUACUUAAUACCGAAAGGAUGGUGCGUUUUGGCAUCCUUCAGCUCCGUUCACAUGGAUGAGACGAAUUACGAGAACCCUUACAAAUUCGAUCCGUGGAGAUGGAAGAAAAUGGGAAGUGCUGCAAACAGCAGCAUCUUUACGCCAUUCGGUGGAGGCCAAAGGCUAUGUCCCGGGCUGGAGCUUUCGCGCCUUGAGAUCUCAAUUUUCCUCCAUCAUCUCGUCACGACUUACAGAUUGUCUGCUGAGAGGGAUGAGAUAAUCUACUUUCCAACGGUGAAAAUGAAGAGGAAGCUUCCUAUCACGGUCACGCCCCUCGAGCAGUGAAUAAAUAUCCACCCAACAAAAUGUCGAAAUGUUGAAUUGGAUAAGAACAUUUGCAGAUGAUUGCUAACCACAACAACUAGAGAGAGAGAAGAAGGUUGUCCAGUCCCAUGCUGUACGUUUUUAUCGUUACUCAAUCAAUAAUUGUCUGCUGAAUUUCUCGUUGAAUUAGACAGGGUAUCUAUAAUUCGAUUUUUUUUGUUUGUAAGCACAAUUUUAAUCACCUUCUUUGUUAUAAAAAAAAAUCCUUUAGCAAA